AGCCAGUGACUGUGAUUGCACCCUGCAAUGUCACUUCUCAUACUCUCUGCUCAGGAUGUGGACACAAUCACUGUUGCCUUGCCAUCAGCAGAGCUCGAGGCCCUCAUGGCUUCUGUAUUUCAUUGCCUCUCAUUGGGAUCACACUAUGCAUCUCCACAAAGGACAAGCAUUACCAUGUCCCAUCACACAGCUCUGUUUAUGCCCUCAUGGGUUGAGGACAUCAGAACUGCGAUCAAGGUUGUUUCUGUACCUACAUCUGCCAACAAUAAGCAUGGUUUGCCUGCUUCAACCAUUCUGCUGGACAAGGAAUCCAGGCAUGUGGAGGUGAUUGUCAAUGUGAGUGCACUGACAGCCUUGAGGACUGCUGCUGCAACCCUCAGGCACCUAAUAGGCUCUGUCCUUGCAACAUGCUUACUACUCUCUGAACUGCCUAGCUUGUUGGUCACCCUCAGCACUGGGAAACAGAUCGAGGCCCAUGUGGAUCUUCAUAUCCAUGCAUUUCUGUCCCUCAAGCAAUGUACCAUUGUGAAUUGUUCAAUGAGACUUGCAUUGGAUGAUAUGACCAGCAUCCAAAGUGCCAUAGGUCAUGUGAAUGUGAUCUGCAUGGAAACAUCAUCCACUCAACCACUCUUCCCCUCUGAGUGGGUGUUGCCUGGAACACACCUAAAUCUCAUGGGGAGCUUCAAGCUGAGCAUGGUCAAAGUAGACUAUGGUCUCAUUAGCCAGGCAGAGAUGAUCAUUGUCGAUUCAAUUGAAGCAGGUGUGAUUGAGGCUGGAGAACUCAUCGCUGCAAGCCUGAAUGCUGGAGAUAUGGUUGGGAUUGGAUGGUUGGUGGAGAAAUGGGAUUGUAAAGAUGGGCUGGAAGAGAUUCAAAUGAGGAAGGGUGAUGUGAUGGUGUUCAAGUUGCACAUAGUGUAG